UAUAACAGGUGCCUGCACGAGUUAUUGUUCUUCCCUAGAAACGCGGUGCGUCAGUGAUUGAGGUCUGCGAAAAUUAAAAUGUUUGAAUUGAUAUUCUUUCGUGAUUAUUAAGAGGAGAAGUAAAAGAAAAUGGCAGCGAUAUUACGAAGUGCCGCGGCGAAUGUCGCUAAUCGCGGUCAGCCAAGUACUUUCUAUAGCAAGGACAAAAACAAUCCUGUUUUCCAAUCCUUGGACCAAGAAAUCAAGAAGUUUAUGGGGUACAUGAGGAAAAGAAAUGCCCCUGGAUAUAAAAAGCCAGAUGAAGAACCGUCAUCCAGACCUUCUGACACACUAUUUGAAUUGUGGAACAAAUAUGAGCCCAAGCUUUCUAAAGAAUACUACCAGAGCAAACUGCUGGAGGUGGGAGAUUUCCUAGUGUUGGUGAAAGAGUACAGCACGGCUCUUUGGCAGUGCUAUGAUAGAUAUCUGAUGCACUUUGGGAACCUCAAUGUUGAAGAGAUCACAGACGUAGAUGCCUUCAAGAAAAUGUUCUUCCCUGGAGGAUUUGAUUCUGACAAUGCUGGUCUCACGUUCCGAGCUUUGAUGGGUAAAAGUAUCAGUAUGUACCAGAUGGUAAAGGCUCGUGACCCCAAACUCCAGAACAAGCAAUCUGUAGAGAGGUGUGUCCUCAUCCUGAAUUUCCUACGACUUGUCAUGCAGGUCGUGUUGCCAAAAGAGACGCUGUGUUGGCUGGUGUACAACGGGACAGUUCACAUCUACAGUAUGUCUCGCCAUCUGAUGUCACUGGGGCACUCCUCAAGGGCCCUGGAGUACCUGCUGUGGGCCAGUAUGUGUAUGGAGACUUCCGUCCCCCUGCUGGCCGUGAAGUACCUUCCCUGGCGGGCGACCCUCUACACUGCCGUGUGUCAGUGCUACUUCGACUGUAAACAGUCACAACAUGCAGAGGCUUUUGCAAGAAGAGGAUUGGCCAAGAUCAAUGAACUGAGUAACCUUGAGAAUCUUAGUAGCUCCAUAGAAACCCCACUCUCUGAGAUCACAUUCCGGACAGCCACUGUCAAGAUGGCCAUCAUGGUCUUUAAGAGAUCUGUGUAUGAGACCAGAAGGAAACCCAAGGCUUUACUGAGGCCCAAAACAAGAGCUAACCUCAAGGAAGCCUCUCAUUUGACGUGGCCCCGCACUCCUUCAGAGAAGCUUUUGGCGGACAUGUUUGAGGGCAGUGGGUCUCAGUUUCUGUGUAUUCUGGAGAGUCUGACAGACACAAAUCGUCGCAUUCUUCUGACCUCUCCCCCCGCGUCAGACUCGGAGGUAGAAAUCCUGGAUGUGUACGCUGAGCUCUUCAUGGCGGGACAAGAGAUUCUAGCAGGUGGGGGAGGUCACCGGGGGUCAUCUAUCAAGCCGACCAGCAACGUCCAUUUACCUGCUCUGGCCGGAAUCAUCAAAGACUCCAGUAUCAUGGACAUGGCUUCCAAAGGGGAGGAUGGCUGUUCCAUUGAGGGAGCCAUUCGUCUGGUGAAGCUUGCCUAUAGCUUUGAGCAGUGGGAGGUGUUUGACACUCUUGUUGAAAAUGUGCUCACUUACAUCAGGAUACUGAACAACAGCAAGUACAACUGGGAUGAGAAGGCUCUGGAACUUCUGCUGGCCAUGGAGAAGGUGAAUCCAAGCAGACGACACAAACGUAACAUGGCCUCUGUCGUAGACGAUGUAGAGAAGGAUGGGGGACAAACUGCAGAACCCAAGACAACAAUGGAGUCCCAGGCUGCCACCUCCACUCGUUCUCUCAGCCUGAAUGAUGACCUCAUCCAAGUGGCGGAGGUUAUGAUGACAAUAGUCAAUGGACCAUUCGUGCCCUCAAAGAUAGAAGUGGACAUGGUGGUAGAUGCAGCCCUCUUUCUGUGGAACAAAACAAAGUCUGUGUUUCAGAAGCACCAGUCCGGCUCAGCUGACAACCCAAAAUAUCUCCAAAAGAUGGAAAACCCAAAUAAGUGGGUUUACAUCCUCGAUGUUGUCCACAAAGUCCUGUGUUGGUGUGGUAUCAGCAGUGUUGACCCUGCACUGACCGCUGAAGUGGUCCUGAGGCUGGCUCUGGUGUUUGAGAGCAGUGCUCACAUUGAUGAUGGAUUUUUUAGAUCUAAGUUAGUUACCCACAGUUCCAAGUUUUCUCCGGAUGAGGAGAGCACGCUGGCGUCCUUUCGCCUUUCCAGUACCCGUGAGGGAACGUUUGCACUGCGUGGCUCCAAAAUGUCACUGGAUGAGGCUGGUCAAGACGGAAGCCAACACCACCUAGUGUCCAGAACGUCCAUGCUGUCCUCGUCAAUGCUGAACAUUAAUCCUCGACAACAGUUAUUGCAGGCGAGGGACAUACUGGAUCUGGGACUGAAGAACGUGUCAUACGCCCGCCAGGCAGUGGCACUCAGUGACGGGAAAUCCAUUGCGGAUGUCAGCUGGGCAAAGGACAUUCAGGACGACGUCUUCACUCCCGAACCUGCCUCACAGCGAGACACAAACCGUACUGAAGGGGUCAAGUCAACAGAAGAGGGGGAGGGGAAAGAGGAUGCUUCAGCCCCCGGGGAGGGCGGUAAAGGCUCUGCCACAGCGGUGUGGAACACCAUUAAAGAUCUCCACCUGGAGCUGAUUCUGAUGUACCACAGGGUCUGUCUGAAGCUGGCAGGAAUGGGUCCGGACCCCGCAGAAAACAUCCCCAAACCAUUCAAACGAAGGGAUGUCUUGAAACAGGAUGACAGUCCAGAUUUUAGCCCCGCCUACAUUGAGGAUUAUAAGGAGCUGCUGGGAGCCUGCAGGAAGAACUACCUGUCUAAGGCCCUCCUUUUCAUGCAGAAAUCCCUACUCCUCAGUACUUCUGGAAUCACCACCACAGAGCAGAAAAGUCUACUUCAGGAUGCUGUCAACAUGAUCCAGAAGAGCCAGACAGAUGAGAAGAGGGUCUACACAGAGAAUACCAAUGUCUCUGAGGUCCCGGACAAGCCUCGUAAGGUGCCCCCACCUCCCAUACUGCUGUGUAGGACAGAUUCCAUGAUGGUCUUCAAACCAGCACCCUUCUCUCCAGAGAAUGGACAGGUGGUGGCUUGGUACAGGAUCUUUGCUCGGUCAUCCUCGGGCAGUAAUGUGAAGGUCCGGCUGAACGACUACAACUUCCCUGGGACAGGUGAUGAGGUUCCCAGUUUUAGAUGUGAGUUACGGGUGUCUGGACUGCGGCCAAACGAGCGUUAUGUCUUUGCUGUGGCUGCCUAUAAUGCUGAUGGUCAGCUGAUCGGUGGGGGGGUCGGAGAGAGUUCUAAACCUAUCCUGGCCUCCCACCCACUGCCGGUGUUAAUGACCUGGGGAUUCCUCAGCCAGAUAGCAUACCAGGUGGGAUGUUACGACAUUGCCAGACAAGCCUGUAAUGUUCUUUGGGGUCACUUUAUUGCGAAACCCCCAGCCCCACAGACAGCGACCUUCACCUCCAAAUCUGAGGGUGCCUUCAAUGUUAUCCUGAUGAAGUUGAAUCAGAAGGUGGUGUGUGUAUCAUCCCCGGUGUUGUUGAGACAGUUCCUGACCAGCAUCUUCAUCAGCGUAGACAUGAGUGUAAAGGAGGGAGAACUCUUCUGUGAUGUCGUCUGUGAUAAAGGACCACUUCUGUUAGGACAGAUGAAGCGACUCGGUGAGUGUGAGAAGAUGUUGGUGGCCCUGGAAUUGGCAGGAUGGCUGAACGAAGCCAAUUUGGCCAUGCAGGCGGUGGUGCAGUGUUACGGGCUCCUGGCACCGCUCAUCUUCUACAAGAUACCCUCUCUGGCAGUGGUGCAGGUUUUACAGCGGUGCCACGUGGUUCUACAGGAGGUCCCUGCCAGCCUGAGACAAAAGCGGCAGCAGAGUAUUGCAGACAGUCUCCACCACAUGACUGCCUGUAUCACCUACAGCAUGGCCAAGGUUCUAAGGUCAUGGGGUCACAAACAACUGGCUAAUAAUAUCAAUGAAGCAGGGCGUCGUCUGCUGGCACUAGAGGGAGAGGACCCCAAGGACAAAAAACAUAAAGAUAAGGAGCAGACGGACAUCACGGAGAAGGGGGCAUUGUCCGGCGGUGAAACGUCCGGCGAUGAAAAAACGGAUGCAUCAGACUCACUGCCACUGCAUGCACUUAAGAGAAAGAGAGCCAAGAGAGUAGGGCAAGGAACCAGCAAAGAGGAAACUGAGGGACCAGUCAAUGAAGAGCUGAAGGCUCUAGAGGCCCAUAUGCUGAGCCUGUCCAAACAAGCCCAGUAUGAGCAUGAACUAUCAGGAUUUGAGGACCCCAGCAUUCUACAUGCCUACAUUGCUUACCUGCCCAGCAAACUGGCCUACAGAGAGGUGGUGAAGUUUAAGCGCCGCCAUCGCUACCUGGAAUUCUUUGUGCAGGUGGCCCAGAAAGCCCUGACAGAAGGGAUGGCCAAUCAGGUGAUGGACUGGUGUGAUGAUACAGCCACCUGGCUCUCCAAGAGGAAUGAGCAGAUCAUUGGAAUGCGUCAGUAUCUGGGCAAACAGCCGGGGGUGGUGACAGUGUCUGGAGAUGACCCCAAGAGGUUCGCGGCUGCCAUGGUGGAAUACACCAAAGAAAAGGAGAUGACAACCCCAAGAGUGCCAGGGUCCAAGAUUGCGGCUGCUAAACCCAGCACCACCAAACCACGGCGGCGACGCCAGUAUAGGCCUGUGAUGGUGAACUCGAGUAUGACAGACAGCCAGCGUCAAGCCCAGGAGGAGGCGGAACUCAAGGCAAUAGAAAUUUUCACGACCUACUUUCCAGACAUGUUCCGACAGUGGCACAGAAAGAGGAAACUGAGAAAAAUGACCGUGGACGAAAUGCCAUGGCGAUGUCAGUUGGUGUUGCUUCAAGGAAUGAGUCAUUUCUCGGCUUUCCUGCAGAGACUGGAGACUAGAGACAAAGUCCUAGGCACUGCCAAUAUGUACAGGACCAACUUUUUGGAUGAAGAAUGGUUUGGUUUUGAGACUGCUGGUACCCUUGUUGUUGGCUGGGAAGGGGGACCAACUAAACCUGUUGAGCCACAAAGCAGAAGAAGGUUUGAAGAUGAUGAGGAGGCAGAGCUGGCCCGCCUACAUACGUCACACAUGGAUGCACUUGACUUGGCAGAGCAUGAAAGUCGUCCCCGGACCACAGCUACCGGGAUAGAAAUAGCGGCCGCCCUGGCUACAGGCGAGGUCCCAGAAUUUCCUAAGGAACCUGAGUCCCCUGCAUUGACUGGUUCUCAGUCCCAGACUGAGAGGAUACAGGGUACCAGUACAGAGAGUACCACAAAUGAGGGUACCACAAAUGAGGGCAGUGCACCCCCUCCAAUGUACUUCUACCCCCCGGAGCAGGAGGACACCCCCAGAACUUAUCGGUCAGAUGCCAGUAAUGUUCCCGCGAUCCCCAAACACACCCAGAAGGAGAUUGACAAUGUCAUCAUAUCCACAAAGGAAAUCACUGAAUCCCUGUCCAAAACAUUCUCUCAGUUCAAGAAGGCUAUCAUAUUGGCCCACAGAGGGCAGCACUGGACAUUACUUCAGAACUCAUGCCGCACCAUGUGGAACUGUGCCCACACAGCACUAUUGCGGGCGAUCGGCCCAGAGGAUGGGCUUUUGUCUGUGGACAAUCUGCGAGCCAUUGUCUGGUUCCCGAUGUACACAGCAGCUGACUGUACGCUGGACAUGUUGGUACAUCUUCAGACAGACCUAGAGAAACACGCUGAAAAGGCAAAAAGCAAGAACCGCAAGCUUGGUGAUCUGUUUGAAACUUGGACAGGAGACAUCACCAGAGAGAAGGGCGGAGCUAGCCUGAAGUUUGAGUCGCCAUUGGACGACUCCAGUGUAUGUGACAUUCGAUUCAUCAGUAGGUUUGUCCUACGAGUCCUGGAGAUGUUGUACUAUGAGCAGAAGUGGGAGAAACUGGUGGAUAUAGCCAUGCGAUUUAGUGGACUUACUGAUGACCGGUACGCUGAGCAGGUUCUUCCGAUCCUAGUCCAGGCCCAAAGGCAGAUUGUGUCACUCCUGUCUGACCUGAGAGGGGAGAUGCCCCCGCAGAAACACUACCGUGAACUACUGCAGCGUCUUGGGGGCGUGGUUACUUCUAAAGACUACCUUCAUACUCAGCUGACCCUGGUCAUUGACCCCGACUCCCUCCCUCCCAUACCACCAGGAGCAGCUAUUGAUCCCAUGGGACAUGGAAUUUAUACAAUUAAGGAUGGUCAGAUGUCGGUCUCUGUCCCUCUGGACAUACCCCUCAGUCUGCAUACAUUACGAGAGGUUCUGGACAAGUCGCAGUAUACCUGUAGAGCUCUCCAUCACAGUAGGAAGCUUCUCAUCCUGUACCUGGCCGGUCAGCAAAACACUGGAGACGGAUUCCUGAGUCGACAGAUAUCCAGGGUUGAAUUUGUCCCCACUACAGCCAAACCGCAGCCCACAAUGCCCCCGGACAUCAGCCGGGAUGAUUUCCACGACAUGAAUGAUGUACUGACCACAUGUAUGCCAAGGUCACAGCUAGGAACAGUCAUCUCAUCAUACGAGAAAGCUAUAGCUAUGUUGCUGGCCAAGAACCAGAGAAGCCAAGCCGCCCAGGCCAUGCAUGAGUUGGGAAAUCUUCAGUACCACGCCUCCAACAUCAGAGCGGCAUACAAAUGGUGGGCGGAGUCUCUUGACCACACCCUGAACAUGACCAACGCCCUCCACACCUGGAGGGCGGUACUUAAGGAUAGUACUGAUAUCAGCUCGGAGCUGCUGAAGAGAUGUGGUCUGUGGGGGUGUCUAAUGGGAGGAGUGUUGGCAUCGAACAUUGCACAGUACAUUUUGACCUCUGACCUUGGCCUUAGAAUGGAGUGCUGCUUCUUGUCUGGAUAUUUCUUCAAGGCUUUGUUCCGUACCUCUCUUCCCCACCCCCGGGCAGACAGAGACUAUGCCCUCUAUGAGGUAGGAGAGGGGUGUGAGGUAACAAACCUUGUCCCCGGGGUUGACAUGCUGUCAGAGAAGUUCCGCUGUGAUGGGAGACAACUCGUGGCUGGGAUCCGCUGGGUGACUGAAGAACUGGCUCGAGGGAAACAUAAUCUGUUUGUUCUACCUUUACUGACCUUGAACCAGUACCUGACGACCUUCGUCUGCCGAGACUUACAGAGGUCAGUGGAUGGACGUAUACUGAAGGUCAGAGUGCUCACUGACCUCCGACUGUUUAACGAGGCCUUUAUCACGCUUCAGCGACUGCUUCAUGGUGAGAGACUGCCUCAGAUUGGAGACAGUCACUUCAGACAAGUAGAGUCCAAGAUGAGCUCUAUCAAGUUCAACACAUCUAAACCCAUCACCGAGGCGGUCAAUCUCAGGGUACUGGAGAUGGUUCUGGACAAGAGGCUGUCAUCCAGCCUGGCUACCCUGUACGGCCCACACAUGACCUGUCACCUGUCCGUCGUUCAGGCACACCUGUUUGUGUCCCUGGCUGACACCAUUCCGGUCAUUCCCAAAAUGGAGGAUGUGAUUUUGACAGAUGGACAGAAGGAAAUGAAGCCAUUUACUAUCAGCACGAUCUCCAGAGGGGGGCUCGGUACCAAGGGGAUCAAGCUCCCCAGCUCCAGUGGCACUGGACCACGGAAAUCUACGAGGUCAUCAUCAGGAACACGGAAAGAUGAUGCAGGAGAGGAAGAGGAGGAGGAGCAUCACAGUGGUCAUGUGACCAAACGCUUCACCCAGAGUAAGAAACCUCUGACCCUGGAGCUGAUCAAGGGGACGUUGCUGACCAUCGCUGACCAGAUGGUAACCACCAUUGCAGAGGUCAUCCUAGAGAAUGCUGAACAUGAUAAAGCUGGCCUGGAUUCCCUCCCGGCGGCUGAACUUGAGCUGGUUGUCCUGUGUAAACUUCAGCAGGCCCUGAUCUCACGCCAGAAACAACAUGCCCCAAUGGCGGCCCGGAUCAUCCUGUCAGCUCUCAAACUGCUGAAGAACUCUCAGCUGUUCAAACCCAGAAAGGAGGCUCCUAUCAUUAAAAGAGAUGAUGCCGUUGAUACCAAGGGCAGACCCUCGUCUCUGAAGGGAACGGGACUGAAGAAAGACACUCAUUCCAGUGUGAAAAUCGUUCACCCAGAAAACAGCCAAUUCCAGUACCAGAAUUUCCAGAGUCGGUCACGCCUGGACGCCCGGUUAUGGUUAGACUGUCGACAAGCUUUAGUUCAGUGUUUGAUGAUGGAGGUCCGCAGUCUUGGCGAAAUCAAAGAUCCAGAGACAAAGGUUCUGCAGGAGUUGGCAGAUUGCCGUCAGUAUUGUAUUGAGGGUCUGGGAGAGGCUGAAGCAUGCGGAGAUGUGGAAAUGCAGGCCGAGUUCUUCAUCCAGGGGGCGAUACUCAACAUCACUGAGGGCAAAAGUCUGGAUCACACUGUGUCCCUUCUUCAGGAUGCCAUUAAGCUACUACAGAAGAUCCCCAAGCUGUCUAUUCCUGGGGAGCAGCUUCUGACCCGAGCACUGGUCCUGAGGACAGAUCUGGAGGCCGUAGAGAGGGACGAUGAGACGGUGCUGUUCACAGAACGCACACUGGACCAGUAUCUGGAGGCACAGAACUUAAUCCUGAAACAGCUGGAGAGGCUAGGGGAGGCAAUCGAACACUACCACCCCAACCAGAUGCCACAGUUCUCUGCCCCUGUCAGUCCAAUGAAGAAUAUCUAUCUUCCUCAGCUGUCACAGCUUGUAAAGGUCAAACUAAGAGUGGGGCACGCCAUCAGCAGAAACACCGCCAAGUACAUCCGCAGCGGCUCAGACAAGGACCCAGUACAACUCUGGUCUGGAGCGCUUGGUGUUCUAAUGACAGCAAGAGAACUGUCUCAAGCCAGCGUAACACGGGAAGCAAAUCUGGAGGCUGAAAUCUUACUGAACCUUGGUAAGGUGCAGCGUAUGCUGGUAUACCUUGGAAAGUUCCCGCCAAGGAAAGCAGUGGAGACUCUUUUGGAGGCCAUCACCACCAGCUUCAACAAUGAUCAUGAUCUAGGACUGAUGAGGCAGGCGUACAUGGAGAUUGCCCUGGUGUACCUGCAGAGUUCUGGACUGAUAUCUAUGAAGGAGAACAGCACUCUGGAGGUAGUGGCAGAUACCCAGGAUCCAGAAAUAGCCAGUGCUAAAACGGACAGUUCGCGGAAAACCAAGUCGUGGAAGAAAUCUCCCGUCUCUUCUCCAGACAUGAGCAAGAAAGAUCGUCUGAGUAGCAGAACAAAGUCCAGUAAGAGUGACGAGGUCGGUGAUCAGGAGAAGGAACGUCGUGCGGCAUGGCUCGCUAUCAGGUGUGCCGCAGCAGUGGCGGAGGCCCAGAGAGCUCGUAUGUUACUGAUCGGGGAUGUCAGUGUCACGUCACAGAAACUACAGGAAGUCGCCCAGGAAAACAUCCCCGAUUUUGUGGCCCUGGAUCUUGUCAGUGCUUAUGUUUUAGGGGAAAAGAAGAAAGUGUAUAAAAAUGAAAUAGAGGAGGAGUUAGCUCCCCUGAUCGAGGCACAAGAAGUGAAGAAGGUGGAAACUUACGAAGAACAAGUGAAUCGAGCCAAGGACGGGGCUAAGGACCUCGGAUGGAUCCACUUCUUAGGUUACCAGACAGUGCUACAGCGGUUGUGUAGUACCUCCACUAUAUCAGCCUCCAGUAUCAAGUCCGACAACACCCUCCAGGAUGACACUGACCCAGGUGACCUUGGUCCAGAGUUUGACCUUGGGUUCAUCAGUCAUGCUCAGUGCGAUACCACCGUGAACCAUGAUGUGGUGCGUUCGAUGCUGUUUGGCGGUAUUUGGUCUAGACGCACCGCCAAACUUCACACUUACCUGGCCACCCACUUAAAGGUGUACAGUGAGAGAUGCUGUGCUGUGUAUCCCCCUGCCACCCUCAGUCUUCCCACUGUUGCCAAUGUCAGGUUGGAUUCAAAUGUCCUCUACAAGUCAUACACACAAAACUUGACCAUGCCUGCUGACCAGGAGGAAAGUCUUCAGACUGCUGGACAAGGUGACCUCGGCAAGGCCCCACCCCCUCCGGGCUCCAACUCUGACCAGUAUCGACCCCCAGACAAAGCCGUCACAACCCCUACUGACACAGAGGUCGCAAUACAGUUUUACCAGCCCUCACUUGAGGAGAAUGAUCCCCAGAGACCUGAGGCUGUGGGUCCCGACUCCAGAAUUCUCCUCCUGUAUGCAUUGUCCAACAAAAAAGUCAACCAGCCAGGUCUGCAGUGGGUGACCUUGUCCCAACUUAAUGACCUUCAUGACAGGUUGGCGUUGUUGGCCCAGAGAGGAGAGAUUUCACUGCAAGAGAAAGAGAAGAAGACGCGUGACCCAGUCACCCCCUCCCCCACCCCCACAGCCAAGUCCAAGAAGACCCAAAGGAUCAAAGCGCUGUCCCCAAAAGUACAAAGGGAUGAAAGACUAGAGGGAUUACUAAAACAAUGUGUGGAUGAUGUGACCACUAUACUGGGGGCACUGACUGACCAGGCUGAAACAGCCAGCAUUGCUGGUGAUAUUCCGUUUGAGGUCAACAGACAGAACAUCAGGAACUUGGAGGGUCUGUUUGAUCCAGGAUUCGGAUUCAUCCUCCGCGGAUCUGACAUGGUCACCUGGCUUGUUAAGCUGUUGUUACAGCAGUAGGGACUAAAUAAAGGGAACCAGAUAAAGAGGACCAGACAGUUAUCAUCUUACUGUACCCACUGAAGAUUUAAGAAAUAAAACAAAAACUGCAAAAAAACUGUACAAAUGAAAUGAACCAAUUUUUGCUUUAAAUUACAAAUAACAUGGGGACUUUGCAAAGAAAUGUGCAAAUGAACAGUGUGUUGCUUAGAUUUGUGAAUGAUCUACUUGUAUUAACAAUUAUAGUGACUCUGUGUUGUGGUGUAUUAUAGUGACUGUUCAAUACACAUGUAAUAUAUAUUUUUCGGGAAAGUUAAAAUUUGUUAUCUGUAAAAACAGAGUCUUGUAUCUGUGAGAAGUGAAUGUGUACUAUGAGAUUUUGUUAUUGUCUGCCAUAAAUUUAGAAAUUUUUGAAUGGAUUUAAUUUUGCAGCAUUGAGUGAAAAUGCUAUAGAUUUAUUUUUGUUCAUUUAAAUAUUUUUCAAGUGAACCCCUUUAAAGAUGUGAUGAUUUUUUAAAUAGUUUAAUGCAUCCAUAAAAUGAAAGAAUAAUUAUUUACAUGUAAACCAAAAAGAUUUAUGAUAUUGAAAUGUUUUUAUUUCUUUGCGUCCAUUUGUUUCAGACUUUUCGGAGCUGAAUAUACAACUUGAACUGUGAUACUUCAUCAUGUUGACAGGGCAAUAAUUCUUUCGAGAAAAGGGCUUGACUGUUAUCUGCUUAACUUGUUGGGAAGGAAUAUCCGUCCUAUGCGUCUUAAUAAUCAUAGGAUGGAUAUUCCAUCCUUUUGCAUUGAACUUGGGAUGGAAUAUCCGUCCUAUUCCAUCCUAUGUGUUGGAUGGAAAAUCCGUCCAAAACCAAGAUUAUUAGUUCGGACAGAACUCCGUCCUGGACCAGACUGUUCAUCUUGUGUUAUCUUGUUUUAUGUCGACAGUUAUUCGUAAAAUUCUUAAAUUAAUGAUACCUGUUCGAAAAUUAAUCUUUUUCGGAUAUAUUUAUUUUUAGAGAACACUCAAUAAAUUCUUUUUAAUAAA